AUCAUUUAAAAUAUCAAUAUUACAAUAAACUAUUUUAAUACUGCGUCAAUGGAAUGAGGAGUCCAUUGGAUUCCGCAGUAGCGGAAUUCUGUCAGUGACAGUGUGGGUGAGUGGGCGAAUGUUGAAAACAUGGUAGACAGAUUGGUGAAUAGUGAAGCAAAUGCUCGUCGAAUUGCUAUGGUUGAAAGCUGCUUUGGCAGCUCGGGACAGCCUCUCAAUGUUCCCGGAAGAGUUUUGGUCGGAGAAGGUGUCCUGACAAAAAUGUGCCGAAAAAAGCCCAAAGCGCGCCAGUUUUUCCUAUUCAACGACAUUUUAGUGUAUGGAAAUAUUAUAAUCAACAAGAAAAAGUACAAUAAACAACAUAUAAUCCCACUGGAGGAAAUCAAAUUGGAGUCGUUAGAAGAUGAUGGACAACUGAGAAAUGGGUGGCUGAUUCGGACCGCGACAAAAUCGUUCGCAGUUUAUGCAGCUACUUCAACAGAAAAACAGGAGUGGAUGGCCCACAUCAACAAAUGCAUAGAGGAUUUGUUGAGGAAAAGUGGAAAGAAGGCUGUGGAGGUGCAUGCUGCAGUUUGGGUACCUGACUCUGAGGCAGCUGUUUGUAUGCAUUGUAAAAAGGCCCAAUUCACCGUCCUCAACCGAAGGCAUCACUGUAGAAAGUGUGGCGCCGUGGUGUGCGGUCCCUGUUCGAACAAGCGCUUCCUCCUUCCGAGCCAGUCUUCCAAGCCACUGCGUGUCUGCCUCGACUGCUACGACACCCUCUCCAGGGCCAAGGCCCAACACAACAACAUCUCCGAGCACGUCAUCAACAAAGACAUGAAAGAGCGUAGCGGAUCUGCAGACUCUUCAGGGGAAGAAGACUCAGAUGAGGAUGAAGAUAACCGACAGAACGACACUACACCCGAUCAGUCAAGCUCCGACGAAGCAGGCCAGAAGAAAUAUGUUUCUCAAAACGACAGUGAAAAUCAUUUACCUAAAUGGAAGCCUCUCCGGUCGACUGUAGUUUGAUGAAUAACCAAAGUUUUAUGGAACGUCCUCAGCAGCUAAUGGAAGUGGAGAUUAACAGCAGCUUAAUCUACAAGAAUUUAUCUAAAAAGUAUAUUAUUAAUUUUGUUGAUAAUUGAGUUAGCAAGUAUUCUGUUGUUUACUUGUACUUGGACAUUGGUAACUUUAACAUAAUUUGUAAUAGUUUUUCGAAACGUGUAGGCUAACCUUUAAAUUUUUCGAAGUGCUCGUCAAUGUCAAAUAAAAUUUGACAUUUUGUGCUUAAAUCAAAAAAGUGAGUUGUAACAAAAUAAAUCUUGAAGAAUUAGUUUGAUAUUUAAUAGUUUGGUUUAUAAGACUAAAGUAUUCAUAGCAUAUCAAGUCGUCUAUGAAAAAUCAAUUUUUAAUAUGUUUCUUUCUUUAUUUUUAAACUGUUGAAAAAUAAUGAUUCUAAUAACUAUUGUAACUAUUCAUGAUCAGUUUACUAUGAGUUGGUUCGUGUGAUGAUUCAUAAGUGCUAAUUACUCAACUGAAAACUCCCCAUAAAUCCGUAAGAUAUUUGAUAUUUACAAGUAGCCUUCAUAACAAAGACUGAAGAUAUUAUAUUAUUUGUAUUUUGUAAGGUAAUACGAAACUUUUAUUCUUUUUGCUGUUUUUAAGUUCAAUAUAAUAAAUUGUAACUUUACUCAACAGAUGUCAAUGGCUUUGAUUAGCUUACUAGGCCUAUAUAUGUUUUUCUGGAUCUGAUUUAAAGACCAAUUCUAUUUUUAAAUGCAAGCAAUCAAAGCUUUUUUCAAGUGGCUAAAUAUGUUGAGGUACCUUUUUCAAUAUUGAAAUUGAAUGAAAUAUUGUUUAAUGAUUUUGAAGAAUUUCACGAAACGUUUGGCUGCUCACACCAGUGUGACCUCUAUUACAUCAUUUAUUACCUUCAAACAACCAGUUGAAACUUGAUAGAUGAAUUUUGUAAAUACAAAAAAUUUAUUGUAGUUUUUUCUAGCAGAAACUUGUUGAGCAUUGAUAAAAAUGAAUUAUAUAACUUUGUUAUCUUUUUUAGUUAUAAAAUGAUUUAGCUCUGUUAAAUUUUCAAAUCAAAAUGAUAGCCUAUUCAAACUGUUUAAUAAUUACAGCUAUUGUAUUGUAAAAUCUCUUCUCUAUAAUAUUCUGUAGUAUUCUUUGUAUUCUUCGAAAUCAAGAGAAAUGGUUCUCUUGUAAUAAGUAAAUUAAAGAACGCAAUAAUUUAAAAAUAUGUUUUGAAACAACUAAUCACAUAAUCACCUUCUUACAUAGGUACUUGGAUUUUAUUUCACAUUCACUAUUAUAUUUAGUUUAGAAUAUUCUGAAAAUAUUAUCUCUGUCAUUUGUAUAUUAAUAAACGAGUGCAACUCGACGUUUUUUAUUCUUGGGUAUUGAGAUGAAAUAAUAUCACACUGAAGCUGUAGGUUAUUCUCCACUAUUAAUAUUAAAUAAUCAAUCAACAAGUUGCAUAAUCAAUUAAAAGUUGUAAAUAAAGAAUAUUUUUUUAAAGCUUUCCAA